GGUUACUAUGGGAAUGCCGUUGCGUGCUGUAUGAUUGGCCGGCAGGGUGGAGGGACACGUCUGCCGCUCGGAUUGGUCAGGAGGCCCGGCCUCUGCUUCCCCGCCUGAAGGGCGCGGCGGAGCGGGACAGGGCGAUGAAGGCGCUCAUCCUGGUGGGCGGCUACGGCACCCGGCUGCGGCCGUUGACGCUCAGCACCCCGAAGCCGCUGGUGGAGUUCUGCAACAAGCCUAUGCUGCUGCACCAGCUGGAGGCUCUGCGCCAGGCGGGCGUCGAUCACGUGAUCCUGGCUGUCAGCUACAUGUCGGAGGUGCUGGAGGGGGCGAUGCGGGAGCAGGAGCAGCGGCUGGGCAUUCGCAUCUCCCUGUCCCAUGAGAAGGAGCCACUGGGCACAGCGGGGCCCCUGGCGCUGGCCCGGGAGCUGCUGACUGAGAGCUCGGAGCCUUUCUUCGUCCUUAAUAGCGACGUGAUCUGCGACUUCCCAUUCACAGACAUGGUGCGCUUCCACAAGCGCCACGGCAAGGAGGGCUCCAUCGUGUCAUCCCACAGGGAGGUGCCUUGCAGUGACUUUGCCUUGCAGGUGACAAAGGUGGAGGAGCCCUCCAAGUACGGGGUGGUGGUGUGCGAAGCUGAGACAGGACGCAUCCAUCGCUUUGUGGAGAAACCCCAGGUGUUUGUCUCAAAUAAGAUAAAUGCCGGCAUGUACAUCUUCAACCCCAGCCUCCUGCUCAGGAUCCAGCUGCGGCCCACCUCCAUAGAAAAGGAGAUCUUCCCGGUGAUGGCUCAGGAUGGGGAGCUCUAUGCCAUGGAGUUGCAGGGCUUCUGGAUGGACAUUGGGCAGCCCAAGGACUUUCUGACGGGAAUGUGCAUGUUCCUGCAGUCGCUGAGGGUCCAGCACCCAGAGAGGCUGCAUGCAGGCCCUGGCUUCAUGGGGAACGUGCUGGUGGACCCAAGUGCUCAGAUUGGUGAGAACUGCACGAUUGGCCCCAAUGUCACCAUUGGGGCUGGGGUGGUGGUGGAAGAUGGGGUACGGAUCAAGCGCUGCACCAUCCUGAAAGGCUCCCGUAUCCGCUCCCACUCCUGGCUAGAGUCCUGCAUUGUUGGCUGGCUGUCGUCUGUGGGUCAGUGGGUGCGGAUGGAGAACGUGACAGUGCUGGGUGAGGACGUCAUUGUCAAUGAUGAGCUCUAUCUCAAUGGGGCCAACGUGCUGCCACACAAGUCUAUCGCCGAGUCGGUACCGGAACCACGCAUCAUCAUGUAGCUGCUGGGCCAGGCCUGCUACUGAACUGUUAACACUUUGUUUCCUGGAGCAAAGCCCUGCAUGCAGGGGUGGGUACAGGAGCUGGCUCUGCUGGCACAGCAUCUCUGCCAGGAUGCCUGGGAGGGAUUCACAGCAGGGAGCAGCACUAGGCCCUCAUGGGCUGCAAGGAGCUAGGGGCUAAUGGGGGUUUGUAGCCAUGGGGCUGCUGUCAGGGGGCAGCAGGGGGAAGAGCUCUAUCCUGUAGCAGCAAAAAGUGUUCAGGAAAAGUAGGAGGCCACAGCUGCAACAUGCCUGUGCUGGUAGGAGCCAGGUGUGCUGCUGAGGGCCAGGCCUACAGAGCCCUACCCAAUACAAUUACACUGUUGAAAAGUG